AUGAGCUGCCGGCCUGGCUGUCUCCCGGGCCAGGGAAUCCUUUCCAGGCGCCCUCUGCCCCUGCUCCGGGGGACAGCACUGCGAAAGAACGUGGAGGGUGCAGCUCACGCUGACGUGGAGCUCGUGUCCUCUCUGGCAGAAACAAUCUCCCUGUUGGAACAAAAAGUAGAGAAACAGGCACAUGAAAUCCAGCUGAAGGACAGGAGGAUCGCUGAGCUCGAGGAGAAGAUAAAGACUCUUCAGGAGGGAGAAGGGGAUCCUGACCCUCCCAGCACGGAGGAGCUGGAGACGAGGUGCCUUCAGCUGCAGAGCCAGGUCUGGGAGAUGGAGCGGUUCCUGAACGACUACGGUCUGAUCUGGGUGGGGGAGACACGGCAGCAGCGGGAGGACGCGGGAUCGCUGCGGGAUGGAGAGGAGCCGCCAGCAGGGAGCCUCUGCAGGCCGGGUGAGGCCGUUCUUUGCAAGCAGCAGAUCGAUUUCGAUUUGAUCCUGGAGAACAUCAAGGAUUUGAACUCUCUGGUGGGAGAGGGCAGUUGCCGGGUGGAGCAGACGGCCCGGGGGGCUCGGCUGCGGCGGGCAGAGCCCCUCCCUCUGACCCUGUACCGGGACGGCAUCACCGUGGGACACGGAGCCUUCCGGCCCUACCAGCACCCGGCCACGCAGCAAUGCCUGCAGGACAUCAUGGAUGGUUAUUUCCCCUCCGAGCUGCAGCCACGCUACCCUGAGGGGGUCCCCUUGCAGGUCACUGACAGGAGGGACGUGGUGUUCCAGAAGCCACCAGGGAGCUUUCCUGGCCUUGGCCAGGUGGUGGGUACUGCAGAAUCCAGCAGAGUGCAGGAAACCUCCAAGAUCCCAGGUCCCAAAGGCUCCUGGGAGCAGGUUCCCAGCGAGCUCUGCCAGCCCCUGGAGCACAGAGGGAGCCUGGGCAGUGCCCCAGGAGCAGCUCCACAGGGCUCUGAUGGGCAGCAGAGCAGCAAGGAAAUCCUGGUGGAAACACCUGGGCUGGCUGCCCUGGAGAGGUGCAGGGUGAAGGCAGCAGAGGAGGCUGGAGCUCCCGAGUUCUGCAGGCUGCGCGUCAGGUCCGAGAGCGGGGAGCAGACGUACGAGCUGAGGAUGCUGCUCACAGACACCAUCGGGGACCUGCGCCAGCUCCUCGCCCACCUCAGGGGUGGAAACUCGGACUAUGAGAUCGUCAGCACCUUUCCCCGGAGGGUGUACACGGACAGCUCCAGGAGCCUGCAGGAAUGUGGGCUGGUCCCCAGGGCCUCCCUGCUGCUCCGCAGGAGAGACCCCUCCCAGCAGCAGGGGAGGGGGCUGCAACCAGCCUAGGAGCUGCUCUGCACUGCGAGGGAGCUGCCUCUCACCUUACCCAACCUGCCCUGGCUGGGAAAAAGGGAGAGGUUUUCUUUCCAGAUUCAGUUUCACUCCCUGGGAUGGAGAAGAGCAGGGAGCAGCCAUUUGGCCGCUCCCUUUGGCAGAGGGGCCAGGCCAGUCCUGCUGCCUCACAGGGGCUGCUGUUCCCCAGGACAGCUGGGUCCCAGCACAGGGACACUUCCACCAGCUCACCUGGCCUCUGGGCCUGGCUCCUCAUCUCUGUGCAGGUUACACAGGCUGGCCCCUGCCCAGGGGAGCCUGCCAGCCUCACCCCAGCACUGGGCAGAGCUCAGCUGUGCUCAGGGACUGGAGCAGCAGGAUGGACACGCAGCCAGGGGCAGUUUACAUUCUGCACACAGCUGCUCCCUGCAGAUCUCACCUGCACUGACAGCAGGGGACAAACAGGCUCAGUCCCACGGUCUGUGCUGGAGCUAAACCUGAGGGCCUUGAGCCAUUGCCUGGCUGGGGCUGAGCCAGGCUCAGCUCAGCUGGGAGAUCCUGCUGCUGGGCUUCCUGUACGUGCACAGCUCCUUCCCUUGGACAGCCCCCAGCUGCAGCGGGGCCCAGGCUCCAGCCUGCCUGGAGGUACCCGCCCUCCUCCUCCCGCCGCCGGUGCUGCAACAGGACACCGUGUCAUCGGAGAGCAGCAGAAUCCCUCUCUGCCCAGCCCUGAACAAAGCAUCUUCCUCCCUGGCCCGUGGGCUGGGGCUGCACUUUUCCCUUUCCCUUUCCCCAGCACAUUCUUCCCAUUCCAGCUGUGACAAGCUCUCACUUGACUCCCAGCUGACAACACUCCCACUCAUGCGAGGCAGGGCCUUCUGGCAGGUUCCCUCUUCACACAGACCCAGCCCUCAGUAAAGGCUCCCAAUAAAACCCUUUAUUCCAGCUGCAAUUUCCACUUCCUUUAGAUUUCAAAGGCACGGUUGCUGUGGAAGCUCAGAGCUCUUCCCAGAGCCCUCUGACCAGAGCUGCACGACUCAAACACAGGAAGCAAACCAGCUGCUUCCCCAGCUCCCCGUGAGCACUGACUCAACCCACUCAGCUCUCCCUCAGCUUCCUCCUUCCCCACCUGUAGCAGAUUCAGGAGCAGCUGUUUCCCCUGCCCCUCUGUGUCCUGGACGAGGCAAUCUUUGUGCCAAAGGUUUGUUUUUCACUGCCACGUCUGGCUGAGGCUGUCCCUGCCCCGGGCUGCCACUGUCACCACGCCGAGGAGAGGAAUGCUCUGGUACCUGUCCCUGCUGUGCCGUAGGACAUUCACACACGUCCUGUCAGCCUCUGAUUAGCAGCAGCAAUCUAAGGUGUUAAGAUCUUUGUGUCAGGCUGCAGCAGCAGGUACAACCCACUCAGCUGGAAAUGACUCAUAAUCCUUAGGUAGGGUGAUGUUUAACCUGUAGCCAAAAUAAAACCGAAUUUAAAAGAAAGCAAGAGCGGCGCUGGGAAAGGUACAGUAACAUUUAAUAGCAUCUCGGAAGACAACACUGGUUAUAAACUUGCUUUUUGGCAGGAAAACAAAAUGCACUUGGUCCAGGAUUGCAAAAAAGCCAACACAAAGAGGAAAGAUGGGACAGCUGGAGCAUCAGCUGUUCUGGGGCAGCCCUGAGCCAUUAAUGCUCACCAGGGAGCCUGCUCAGGGUGGAGGGCAGCCAGAGCAGCACAGAUCCCACUGCCAGCCCCACCCAUUCCCCAGGCAGCCUUCGGCCCCAGCUCCACCGUGGUGGGCACUCACACCCAAAUUCUGUGCAGUAUUUUUGCAUUAAAUUAAGACAAAAAAACCCCAAAAACAAAAAACAAA